GCCAGUUUUUCGAUCUUUGAGGGUCGUAAACUAAAGCAGCCGAAGUCUCACAUAACUCGAAUACCAUGCGCGUCUACACGCCGAUGCAGGCUGCAGGGAGCAGCACGACGGAGGAGACGUUCCUUCAAGCUGAGCAUUUCGUGGCUGUAGUGCUCUCUCGACUGGAAAAAGACCCAAUGUCGGUGUCUCCUCGCCUCUGGGCGCUCCAACAGCAGCCUACUGCAAAUCGAUUAUGGGCAUUCAAGCAGCAAGCGCUCAUGGGCUCAUGCGAUUCCUCGCGCGGUUCGAGGAAGUACGAGGAGUUGAACCCGCAAAGAAACGCCACGGGGCUUUUGGGCUUCCGCUGCUGCCAAUUCGUCGCAGGAGAUGACUCCAAACUGUAGGAUCAAAGUGAGACUUGAAUAGUUUUCAUUAGUGUUCAUUUUCAUGUUAUGCAUGUACAGGAAAAUGUGGCAAAAGCUCGGCGACAUGUCGGCGGAGGAGGCUCAACGCGAGUACAUUCGCGUCGUGGAAGACGUGCUUCCUCAAUGGCAGUCGCCUCCAAGUUGGGAUGGAGCUUUGCUGGUAAAAUACACUUCCAAAGUUCUAGAAUAUAUACCGGAUAUAAUACUGUUAUCGUGUUUCCAGCGCACAUGGACUCCCGACGACUGUAGUGAUCGCUGCUCGGUGUGCCACGAAGCCUUCACCUUCUUAAAUCGCCGUCAUCAUUGUCGCCGCUGUUUGAAUCUCGUGUGCGCUGUGUGUUCGCCGCACACGGUUCCUCUGCGUGUGUUCUCGGAGCCUGUGGGCAAACGUCAACGCGUAUGUGCGACCUGUUUCGAUGAGAUUGGCGAGGCUGCUCGACGUGGUUCAUUAACCAGCAGCGAACAAGUGCGUGAAGCUACUGUACCCAUUCCUAUUGAAGAACAGCCAAACCAAGAGACUGAUAAUGGCGAGGCUUCGUCCGAGACACUCACAUCGUCACCAGCAAUUCACUUGGGCACACUCGAGUUCCUCCAGGGAGCGUACGGCCAAGGAUCCAAAGUUUACCGCAAAACAUGGAACUCUUACUUCUUCGUUCUACUCGUCCGUAAAGGCUCUUUGGGGAUGUUUGCGUCUCAAGCUGAACAUCUCGCUGGUUGUCAACCUCCAGCCGCAGUAUUCAAGCUCAGUGGAUACACAUUGCGUAUCCGAUCGCAACCCAAGCGUCCACAUCAAUUCCGCCUCACACACAGUAGCAAAGGCGGUAGUCCCAAGAAGACGCUGCACUUUGCAGCUUCCAGUCUCGAGGAGAUGAACGGCUGGAUCGCUGCACUGAUCAAAGCUAUCGCCGUGGCUGAUGAACUGGAACGCGUUGCCACUGAGGAACGUCUUAACAAGCAGACGGAGAACGCGUAAGAAGCGAGUUGUGUGGACAAUAUGACGUCUUGUUCUUCAUAUUCAUCAGUGGCAAUCAUAGUACUAUAUACUUCGUAGUUCUACAACAAAAGCGGAGGCGAUUCAUAAGAGCCUGAUAAGUUUCGUAGAUACACGCGACGAUCACACGAGAGGGCGAGCGGCCGACUUCGACUGGGGGCGGCGCUUGGAGGGGUUUUGACUGAGGUGGGGGGGGCUUGAACUACUCGACUCCUUCUUCAUCUUCAUCUCUUGUACAGGGAGGAACCCAACAACCUUCAUAAUGGUACACUUUGUGGCUGACGUCGGGCUCCUCCAGAAGGAGGGCGAGGUAAUUUAAAUAAAAAACAUCUCUGGGAACACCCGCGGCAAACGCAACGAGCAGUUGCAGAAGGAGGAGGUACGGCUCGUUCUACCGUGUAAGCACCAGACUCUCUCCCGCACUUUGCUUU